AGAGAACAUAUAAUCAUAUAGUCCACCACCACAGAUGCUUCUUCUUCUUCUUCUUCGUAGAUCCUCCACGCCAUCACCCUCGUCCUUCCUUCUUCACUUCCUCCACUCAUCCUUAUUUAUAUAUAUUCUAACUCUUACCUCUUCUCCUGCUCAUUUCGCUGUGAUAUUUUUAGUUUCUGUUACGAGGUUUUACACAGUUCCGAAUAGGGGGGAGGAGUUUCGCUGCUGUGACUACUAUUACCUGAGUUAAGCUCUUUUUUUUUUUUUUUUUUUUUUUUUUUUCCUGUAUGCGUUGAGUACAUGGGUACUCGCAAUUACGGGUGCGAUUGAGUGUUGAGUUGUGGAGGAGAUACUUCAUUGGAGUUGAGAGAUUGAGAUUGUUGUUGUUUCUCUGUUGAGCUUUUUCUUCUGGGGAUUUUAGAGAGGUGCGUUUAUCAGCGUUUGGCCGGUUUGUGAGUUUUUCUUUUUUCGUUUCGGAGGAAAUUGUGAAUCGGGGUAGUUGAGUAGUAUAGCUAUGGCGCCCCCCGCAGCAGUGUGCAGCGCGAUGGUCCAGAAGGAAUCUCAGGAGUCGAAGGCCGCGGUGGCUGGGAAGAAACGUAUGGCUCUUGACAGCUGGGUAUCACAGCCUACUACUCAGGAGGCAAUGCGCGCAAGCAGUAGUAGCUCCAAGUCUGAGAGUUCUUGUACCACGCAGAAGGGAGUGUCCCUCGAGAAAGCUCGGGCAUUGGAUGAAGCCUUGGCUGGGGAAGGCGAAGAAGCUUGUUUGCAGAUGUCUGCGUUUGUGACGCCAAAAUCGAGGAAGCAUAGAGUUCCUGUCGUGGAUAUCGACCAUUGCCCUCCGGCGCCGAAGAAGCCCCGCGCUGUAAGCCGAAUGCAAGUGGUCUGCGCACUCAAGUUUGAAAGCACCAAUUUCUUUCAAAAGCUGAAUGCUUCACCCAACUACCUUUCAUGAGCGCCUUUUCCAGGGGGAUUCUCGAAGUUCGCCUACUUCUUGUGGGUUUGCCGGAGCCUUUGAUGGAUUAACCUGACUGCGCCAUGUUCGAAGAAUCCAAACGCUAUGGCUCUUUUACGGGCUGCCUACUAAAUUGAAUAUCGAAAUUCCACUCUCGUUAAGAGGUUGGACUUGAGGAACCUGCUAACCUCUGUAAAGUAUGUUUCGAGGAGCUUGCUUGGUCCGUCUACGCUUUUCAUCUUGGGCUGAGUUUCUGACAGCGUCACACGGUGCCUUCCAGUUUGAAAAGUUGUACUCGGGCAGUUCUGCGUUCGCGUAUUGUUACACGGACUAUUGUUGAACUGCCACAAAUCAUGUCAACUUGACAAUCAAGGCAUACGAAACUUCAAUUUAUGUGAACAUAAAGUGAGAAGAAGCAGAGAAGUUGAUGGCGUAGAGCCCCAGAAUGGCAUUUGUGAUCAUUGCCAAAAAUGACCAAUGCAUUUCAUGCUUCCGGCGUGGUGAAUAUUAUACUAACAAGUUCGACUCCGUCUCUACAACGAGAAACUAAAAGGCGCGUUUUACUUGGAUACCGAAAUUGGUAUGCUCUUACAGUGGCGAGUCAGUUGUAGAAUAUAGAUCGUUAAAACAUCUUGCUGUUAACCGAAUAUACAGUAUACACGCUACCGCACUAUCGACCCACCACACGUCGGCAAUCUUUCGACUUCCUGGAACAGUUCGUCAUGGAAGCACAGACCUCUCGAUCGAUUCGAAUAUUAUGAGCAACUGUGCCUUGUUCAAUGCUUUGACAACAGUGACAAUGGUUGGCGUCUGGUAUCAACCACGUGAUUCCAGCAACUCCAGGUGGACUUUUGCUAGUUCUUAUGAUCAUAUACUAGAUUUGAAGCUAGUAUGGUGAUUAUGCCCCUACAGCAGUGAAUCGAUUCCUUUUUAUGAAGGUUUCUGAAGAGCUGAUACCACAGUAAAAUACAUCUUUUUUUCUUUUUCCUCUUUUCUUGCAUGUAAGUAGGAUUAUCAACAUUGAAUACAAGCAGUCUGGAUUCUCUACA